AGCCCAGAAAUAGCAGCCGCAAUAGAGGAAGUCCUUUUCUUCAUUUCCUCUCACUAUGCCGACUCACAUGGUGUUUCAGGCAAGAGAGAGAUUUUUUUAACAACACACAUUUACACACAGUUAGUAAAUUCACAUAAUAAAUGCACGACGCUAAGAACGGGGAAAAAAGCUGGAGAUGUGAAGAGAAGGAAACAGCAGCAGACGUCAUAUUGACAACACGAGCAUCACACGCAAGAUUCUCUACACAGAUCAGGAAGUGAUUCUGCUAGCCUGUUUUCUUAUCUGUGUGAAUAUGUGAGCGUGUUGCUGUGUGUGUGUAUUUGUGUAUAUGUGUGUGUGGGUGUGAUUGAGAGGCUACAUAUAUAUGUAUAUAUCCUCUCCAUAAUGAUACCUUCAUCCCAGAGACACCACUAAUCACUUAUGGACUCCAUUCUGAAGCUACACCAUGGGAUCCAGACUAAAGGAAAAUCCAGAACAGACGUUUUACUGGUUCUUUCAGGCCUCAUGCCCCAUCGCCAGAGACAAAGAUCCUGGGUUGCUGUUUCAGUUCCCAGAGGACUUCACUGAUGAGGAGUGUUUGCAAUCCCUUCCUCGCUUCUGCUUCCCAUAUGAUAUAGAGAGGGUGAGGGACGGUAUAGCUGUGCAGCACUUUACAUUUGCCUUGACUGACCUUGAGGGAUGUCAGCGAUUUGGGUUCUGCAGACUGACCUCCAGCUCCCAGACCUGUCUCUGCAUCCUCAGCUAUCUGCCUUGGUUCGAAGCCUUUUAUAAACUGUUAAAUAACUUGGCAGACUAUGUGACAAAAGGCCAGACGAAUGAGAUGAGAGAGUUACUGGCAGCUCUUUACAAACACCCCGUGCCACUGGCUGACAGCUUAAACACUCUGCAUCUGAUGCCGUACUUCAUUGCUCCGGAUCCAAAAGCUUUACCAUCUAUUCCAGAGAGUAGGAACCUGACCGAGCUGAUCGUGGCUGUAGAUGUGGGGAAUCUGCUGCAGCUGUACGCUAGCAUGCUUUUUGAGAGACGUAUCCUCAUCUGCUGCAGUAAACUCAGCACGCUGACAGCAUGUGUUCAUGCGUGUUGCGGCAUGAUCUUCCCCAUGUACUGGCAGCACAUCUUCAUUCCGGUCCUUCCACCACACCUGCUGGACUACUGCUGUGCUCCAAUGCCGUACCUUAUUGGAGUUCAUUCCAGCCUGAUAGAGAGAGUGAGAAGUCGUGCUCUGGAGGAUGUGGUCAUUCUGAACGUGGACACGAACACUAUGGAGUCUCCUCACGAUGAUCUGAGGAAGCUCCCAGCUGAUGUGGUGACAGCUCUGAAAGUAAGGCUGAAGCGACAGGCUGCUUUUACAGGCUCCGGUGUUGCUAAAGCGUUUCUCAGAGCUCAGGCUCUGCUAUUUGGAGCAUACAAAGAUGCCUUACAGUACCCUAGCGGAGAACCCGUGUCAUUCAGUGAGGAGUUAUUUCUAACACACAAGUCUCCCAGCAUGAGGCAGUUCCUUGAGAGUGCUGUUCACCUGCAGUUUUUCGAACAGUUUAUUGACGAACGUCUAGAGAUGAUAAACCAAGGAAAAGAACCAGAUGAUCUAUUCGAGGAGGAAAUACAGCAGUGUGGUGUGUCGUCAGGUGGCACUAAAUCUUACCAGCAGUGGAUGGGGAACCUGAAGAAAGGAGGAGGAUCUCUCAUUCUCACAGUCAAGUCCAAGGCUCAGAUGUACAAAAAUGUCACAUGUCAUAGCAAGCUGAAGAAUCUGAUUUCAUCAAAGGAGCAGAAACAGGCUCACGCUCUGCAGAGAGGAGGAUCCAUGUGCGGCACACACUCAUACUGUGUCAACAAAUCAGACUGCCUUCAAAACAGAUUACCAAUCACACAGCAUUUUGGAAAGUCCCGACCUCGCAGACCGACACGCAAACAAACCAGCCACCAGGCAGAGGAAACACCCAAAGACAGCAGUGGCAGCUGGAGAGAGGAGGGUCGUACAGAGUUGGCUUCUGACGAUCUCACUGAGGAGGAAGAGUUCUCUGUGGUGGCUGAUCUUGAGGAGAUGGAUCUGUUAGGGGAGAUCUUCGACACGUUAAACACUCAGAGUUCCACAGAGCCGGGCCUGCUAUACAGCACACGUAGCCUCGACGUUUUCACUUCUGACUGUACUGACUUCAUCAGCAGAAGGAGCUUGGCCACACCCAGUCAGGAGAGCUUGAGUCUUUCCACUGGGAACAAUGGCAGUCUGAUGAGCUGGGAGGAAGGGCAUGAAGAUUUAGAGGUGGAGGAGUCUGAGGUGCCGAGUGAUGAACCAGAGAGGGAUGCAGGAGAUGGCGUGAGAGAGGGUCACAGUAUGUCAAUGGAGGAGGAACCAUCUGUGGAUCUUGGAAGAUUAGUAGAGGAUCUCGUGGACCUAAAGCAAGAACUUGAAGAGGAACUGAAUGGAAACUGUAAAACAACUAGCACAUCGUCCAGUGAAAAUCAACUAGAAACUAACAGGUUGUCAGAUGUAGUUCAGGAUGAAACUAGCAGAUCAUCAGGAAAAAGUCAUCAGGAAAACAGCAGCUCACCAGAAGAAAAUCAGGAAAGAACUUGGCAAUCCAAACCAGAUGAUGAUGAUGUGGAAAACGCCAGAGCUCAAGAGAGGCAAAUAAAAGAAGUAAUAAACAAAGAACACCAUGUGGGACACCAGGAUCUAUCUCAUGAGUUCAACAACUCAGGGAAUCCAAACAGAGACUCUCCCCAGGAAAAACAGCCCCUUGCUGAAGAACAACUAAAUGCAGAGACUUUAGUUAAUGCAGCCAAAAAAGAUGAAGAGCAAGAAGAGUGCAGAGACCAAUCAACUCCUAAAGUGCUCUCCAAAGUGACCCUGUUCCAGGUCAAGGCCUACCAGAGCAAGAGCUCCCCCGAGACUGUGCGCCCAUCUCUAAAAAUCUCUCCAAGAAGUCCUGGAGCAAUUUGGAUGACGGUGAAUACAAAAACAGAUGAUUUGACCAUGAAUUCACCAACCCCUUCCAAUUUAUCAGACGCCGCUAAGGAGGACGAAGACCUACCACCACCUAAAGUGUCUGAACUUAAAAAGAGAUUUGAGCAGUGAUUGAUUAGAGGGAAAACAUCACAACCCUGCAAGUGCUAGAUACCAGAGAUGCCCACAGUUACUUGGAGGAACCACAAGGAUGUCAAAAAAAGAAGAACAAAAUAC